AUGGUGGCCACUGUUUUGAUGGUAGCCGAGAAGCCCUCAAUCGCGCAGACCCUGGCCGACGCUCUUUCACCUGGUCACAAGUAUUCGACUCGCACAGGGGUGUCACCGGCCUGCAAAGUCUUCGAAUACGAGGGAGAUUUUUAUGGACAGCGAGCUUGGUUCAAAGUAACGAGUUGUGCCGGUCAUGUGUAUUCUAUUGACUUUCCGCCAGAGUACAACAACUGGGACAGAGUGGAUCCCUUGACUCUCUUUGGCGCACCCACGGUUAAAAUGGAAGCGAAUCCCAAGCUCAGGAUGCCGAAGCAUUUCCAGACGGAGGCGAAGGGGUGCACCUAUCUGGUGCUGUGGCUGGAUUGUGAUCGCGAGGGGGAGAAUAUCUGUUAUGAGGUCAUGGACAACGCAGUCCCAUACUUGUCCUCUGCUGGCGGGCAACAGCAAGUUUGGCGAGCUCAGUUCUCAUCACUGGCUCCAGUGGAUCUUAAACGGGCCAUGGCAAGUUUGGGAUCCCCCAGCAAGGACAUGUCAGACUCCGUUGAUGCCCGUGCAGAGAUGGACUUGAAGCUUGGUUGUGCCUUCACUCGCUUUCAAACCAAGUACUUCCAAGGGAAAUAUGGGGAUCUGGACACGAACUUGGUUUCGUAUGGCCCAUGCCAGACGCCUACACUGUGGUUCUGUGUCCGACGCAGCGAUGAAAUAAAUUCUUUCCAGCCGGAGAGCUACUACACGAUUGAUGCUUCAAUUUCCAAGGCAGGCAGAGACCUGGACUUACAAUGGGACAGAGGUCAAGUUUUCGACAUGCCGGUGGCCAGUUUGUUCAUGAGUCUCCUUCAAGACAAUGCCAAAGCGCUGGUGACUGAGAUUUCGCAGAAAGAGGAUAGAAUGGCACGUCCACAAGCCUUGAAUACUGUUGCAAUGUUGAAGAUGGCGAGUACAAGGCUUGGGCUUGGACCGCAGCAGGCGAUGCACAUGGCCGAGCGGUUGUACCUCGAUGGUUACCUCACCUACCCUCGCACAGAAACAAACACGUACCCCAAGAACUUCGACUUGCAGGGAGCAGUUCGAGCCCAAGCUGGUCAUCACACAUGGGGUGCGUACUCCCAGGAUCUCCUUGCAAGAGGACUUGCGAAAGCACGUGAAGGCGUUGACAUGGGUGACCACCCUCCAAUUACGCCAGUGCGUGCUGCAUCUGAAAGUCAGCUCGGAGAUGCUUAUCGCUUGUACGAAAUGAUCACGCGACACUUCCUGGCCACUGUCAGUGCCGACUGCAAAUUUCUGAGAACACGGGUCAACUUGGACAUGAACGGCGAGGGCUUCUCUCUUUCGGGCCGCAAAGUCAUAGACCCUGGCUUCACAGCCAUCCAGCGCAGUGGCGAGAUGGAGGAUGUGGUCAUACCUGAUUUUUCCAGAGGAGAGACCGUUGAGGUGAAGAAGGUUUCCAUGGGUAGUCACAAGACCCGACCCCCGCCAUACUUGUCGGAAUCUGACCUUCUAUCACUGAUGGAGAAGCAUGGGAUUGGAACGGAUGCAUCCAUGGCAACCCACAUCAACAACAUCUGCGAGCGCAACUACGUCAAGCUUGCAGAAGGCCGACGCCUCAUCCCCACGCAGUUGGGGAUUGCCCUGGUGCACGGGUACCAGAUGGUAGACAACGAGUUGGUGAUUCCCAAGGUGCGUGCCAACAUGGAGAAGAACUGCACUUUGGUGGCGGAGGGAAAAGCUGACAUUAUGCCAGUCGUUCAGCAUUGCCUGCGGCUGUUUCGUGACAAGUUCAUCUAUUAUGUUGCAAAUGUUGAUCUGGUGGACCAACUGUUUGAGACGAUUUUCAAAUCGCUGGAGGCAGCAGGAAGACCACUGUCAAGAUGUGGUGAUUGUCAAAGGUAUCUCUCGGUGGUUGACAGGAAGCCAGUGCGAAUGUUUUGCAAAACGUGCAACCGUAUCUUCAAGAUGCCCCAGAACGGACAAAUGAAGCUUUACAAGGAGCUCAAGUGUCCGCUGGAUAACUUCGAGCUGGUCUUCGUUUCCAACAAGGUGGGAAAGAGUUAUCCUAUCUGCCCCAUGUGCUACGAUGAUCCGCCAUUUGGUGCCAAGGAGGAGCAAGGUAAGCAUUGGAAUUUGGAUCAUCCCAUCUACAAGAAGUACCGCCCAGCAGUCAUGUCCUGCAUAGCAGACAACUGUUCUGGAACGCUUUGCUUGGAUGUGGACUCUGGACCGAAAUGGCAAAUCGAUUGCAACGUUUGCUUGCAGCAACUAGCAAUCUUUGAGGACAAGGCCCACAAGAUCAAGGUUACCAGCGAUCUCUGCGAGGAGUGCUCCUCCGUUCUCCUGGAUGUCGUGUUCAGCAAAGGCAAGUCGCCGCUGCCAGAUGGCCAGCCAGAAAUGAAGGCGUGUCUGGUUUGCAACGAGGUGUUCAACGCGCACACGGUUUCCAAAACUGGCAAGAAUUUCUUUCGGCGGAAUCCUGGCAAGGGAAAGGGCAAAGGCAAAGGAAAGAAAGGCAAAGGAAAAAACAAAGGGAUGUUUGCAACUCAGUGGAAGUCGAAUGUUUGGAGCCAGAGACAAUGCAAACUCUCAGGGUACUUCAGGUCUGAGGAGGACAAGGCGGAGCAGCGAGGAAGGGAGCUCGCGAGGCAGAAGAAGUGA